AUGACAGGAUUUAAAAUCAGGUCUGUUUAUUUGUUAGCAGUACUUCUCUUCAGUACUAUUUCGACCGCCUUGUGGGAUGGAGACUGUAGAUUAGAUUGGAGCAGAGGUGUAUUGCGAUGCAUUAAAGAAAUACCUUGUGCAGAAAGAUUCACUUAUGUUAGGGAAGAAAGUUGGGGCUGGUGGACACAUCCUAGGUAUGGUAGGGAAUACAGAUGUAACUAUAUUACUGUCUGUAAACCAGAAUUUGUCGAAGUAGAUAUCCCUGUAAACAACUAUGUUCCAUAUCCUCGUCCAUGCCGCCCUCCUCCAAUAUCAAAUCACUGCCGCCCACCUCCUCCACCUCCUCACCCAACUUUCACACAUGAUUGGUGGCAUUUUCCUUGUUCUCACCCUCACCCAAAUCCAUGUCCUCAUCCACAUCCACACCCAUGUCCAAACCCCCAUCCACAUCCUCACCCAUGUCCACAUCCGCCAAAACCAACAUGUACAAAACCUACUUUCACCAGGCCAACAUGUACGAAGCCUACUUUCACUAAACCUACUUAUACUAAACCUACAUGUACAAAACCAACAUUUACAAAACCAACAUGGACUAUUCCAAGUUUAACUAAAUCUUCAAUAACAAUUACUAGUGAAUCCUUUACUUAUUCUUCAACCAACACUCAUACCUUCUCUUUGGAUAUAUCUUCAUCCAAAAUUUACCCAAGCUCUGAAGCUUACUCAAGUAGUGAAUUAAUUACAAGUAGCUCUGAAGCUUACUCAAGUAGUGCAUUAAUUACAAGUAGCUCUGAAGCUUACUCAAACAGUGAAUUAAUUACAAGUAGCUCUGAAGCUUACUCAAACAGUGAAUUAAUUACAAGUAGCUCUGAAGCUUACUCAAGUAGUGAAUUAAUUACAAGUAGCUCUGAAGCUUACUCAAACAGUGAAUUAAUUACAAGUAGCUCUGAAUCAUUUUCAUCUAUCGAAACGACUAGUAAGGAUACCACUAGUUAUGGAGAAACUUCUUCACGUUCAUUUAUAUUAUCUACUCCAGAACCUAUUCAUAGAACUUCUACAACCACUACUUAUUGGACGGGAUCUUAUGAAACAACAUUCUCUACAAUAACUAAAACAUCAACUGGUACCGAUAAUUUUGUAACUACGGAAACAAUUUAUAUCGUUGAAACUCCGAUAAGAGCUCUUCUAUCAACCACAUCAAAUUACUGGUUCUCUUCUCAUUUCACUACAACCACUCUUUACACUACAACUUUUACAGGUUCAGACAAUUUUGAAACUACAGAAACUGUUUAUGAAGUUUUCAUUCCUAUAUAUGAAAGCACAACUACAAUUUAUACAGACUUCCCGGAUCCUAUAUUGUUGAUACAACAAACCAAUUAUCCAGUCUAUUAUACAACAAGUACUAUGAUUGAAAUCGAAAAUGAACUUGAUUGUAUAUUAGAGAUGAUCUAUGUCUACUUAGGAUCGGAACUAGGUUCAUUUAACGGAACUAUCAAUUUCGACGAAGUCCUAGAAGUUGGCAAAAAUUAG